GUGAGGCCCAUUGCGCCGGCGUGCCGGCUGGAGCGGUCAAAGCGCCUUCCGGGCCUGACAAACUGAGCUCUUUCCUUCUUCCUAGCACUUUCGAAGUGAGCUUAGCGAGGGUCAGAGAGACUAUUGGUUUCAAAAGCAACGUUUUUCUGCAGCUCCGACGCCUCUGGGUGCCCGGCAUCUCCGGCUUUUAACCUUUGACCUCGCUCCCGCGGUAGGGUGAGAGGUCGGGUGGCCAUCUUGUGGCGGAGACGCGGGCGGCUGUUACUGCAGAGACCCAUCGCUUCCCUCGCCUUGCACUUUUAGCGAUCUGUCAGUUGGUAGAGUCCCGCAGUCUGUCAGGUGAGGCCCGGGGACGUGUGCGGUCGUUCUUCUCUUUACACUGGGCGGCCCAGGCCGCUCCUUCCCGGGCCUCUCCGUCGCCACUAUGUCCUCCUUCUCUGAGUCGGCGCUGGAGAAGAAGCUCUCAGAGCUGAGCAACUCUCAGCAAAGCGUGCAGACUCUAUCCCUGUGGCUCAUCCACCAUCGCAAGCACGCAGGACCCAUCGUCUCUGUGUGGCACCGCGAACUCCGCAAAGCCAAAUCAAAUAGAAAGCUUACUUUUCUGUACUUAGCAAAUGAUGUGAUCCAAAACAGUAAAAGGAAAGGACCUGAAUUCACUAGAGAAUUUGAAUCUGUCCUUGUGGAUGCCUUUUCUCAUGUUGCCAGAGAGGCAGAUGAAGGCUGUAAAAAACCUUUAGAAAGAUUGCUGAACAUCUGGCAAGAAAGAAGUGUGUAUGGCGGCGAGUUCAUACAGCAGCUGAAGCUGUCUAUGGAGGACUCCAAGAGCCCUCCCCCCAAAGCAACAGAAGAGAAGAAAUCUCUAAAGCGAACUUUUCAACAAAUACAAGAGGAGGAGGAUGAUGACUACCCUGGAAGCUAUUCUCCCCAAGAUCCUUCUGCAGGACCCCUCCUGACUGAAGAACUAAUUAAAGCUUUGCAGGAUCUUGAAAAUGCUGCAUCAGGGGAUGCAACUGUUCGACAGAAAAUUGCUUCUCUGCCCCAAGAAGUGCAAGAUGUUUCUCUAUUGGAAAAAAUAACAGACAAAGAGGCAGCUGAACGUCUUUCAAAAACAGUAGAUGAAGCAUGUCUGUUACUAGCAGAAUAUAAUGGACGUCUGGCAGCAGAAUUGGAAGACCGGCGCCAGCUGGCUCGGAUGUUGGUGGAGUACACCCAGAACCAGAAAGAUGUUUUGUCAGAAAAGGAGAAAAAGCUAGAAGAAUAUAAACAGAAGCUUGCACGAGUUACCCAGGUCCGCAAGGAACUGAAGUCCCAUAUUCAGAGCUUACCAGACCUCUCGUUGCUACCCAACGUCACAGGGGGCUUGGCUCCUCUGCCUUCUGCCGGUGACCUCUUUUCAACUGAUUAGGACAGUUGUUACACCUCAGAUUCCAAUCUGUGCCAGAGAGAAGAAGGCAAGUCAUGGUUACAGAUCACCCUCUGGCCCCUGGUUUUCUCUCUUCAGCCUGGCCCCUCACCUCCAGAAAGAACUACACAAACUGAUACCCAAUUCUUCUCUCCAGCCUUUCAUCUUCAGCACAGUUCAGAACAGUGGCUAAUGGAAUCCAGUUUAGAUUCAUACUUGGAAAAAAAUACAGGCUCUUUGACUUCAUGUGUUCAUGCCCCUGGUGGUUUCCAUUCUUAGCUGUCUUUUAUACCUAAGAAGUUAUGAAAAUCAUGGGUACUUCUGGAAGCUUUCGAUAAAUCUUGUCUCUGGGAUAGCAUGUAUCAUGGAAAUGGCACCUCUGCUCUGAGCUGGACUUUAGGCUCCUGCUGAGGGGCUUGCUCUGUAGACAUUGGCUUUCAAGUCUACCACCUGUCCUGAAAGGUUGGUGGCAUACAUAACCUUUGGGCAGCUUUGCCAUAAAAAGUUUGCCACAUCGCUGACCUUUUCAUAUUGUUACUGAUACUAGCAAUGAGUAGUCAAGGCUAAGUGUGUUUAUUAUGAGCAAACUAAAGAAUCUAGCAGUGAGAUUCACAGCUCAGUGGUACAUAAAGUAGCAGUUCAGAGACAAGAGUAGCAGUGGUCAUAAGCAAGUAACUUGCUUGGUUCUAAUGUACACUUUCCUCAGACUGCAUUUCCCUAGGGCCCCACCACUGUCAGAGAGUAAAUUUCUAAAGCAGGACCUUUUGGCCCCUGGUGGUUGUUAAGGACAGCACUAGGCUCUGCAUGGCUGUGGCUGUGACCUUCCCUCUGGGGAGAAGGGCACACUAUCAUUAGUCCACCAUGUGGGCAUGGGUUUGUCUAUGGUGUGUUGACUGAACCGCCUAUCUCCUGCAGACAGGACAUAGAGCACAUCACCUGUGAGUUCACAUCACUCUAUGUGCUGUGUUCCCACAUGAGGAAGAGGAAGAGAAUUUACAUCAGAUGUUAUUGAAACAGCUUGUCUCUGGCAGGGGACAAGGAAAGUGGGAGGUAGUAAUUUGGGGUUUUAAUUCCAUUAUCAUGCCAUCUGACAUUAUGACUAAAUAAUGUAGUUAGAAUUUUUAUCUUGUGUAUAAUAAAGGGUAAGCCUGCUAACUAUAAAUCAUUCUGAUUUGGCAGGCGAAUUUUUGACAUUGGAAAGGGUAGAAAACAAUUUGCCCCGAUAGUGUAAUAGGAAUGAUAUCCCAAAGGCUGAAGUCUGGAAGCUGUGAAAAGGAAUUCAGUGGAAGGGGCUUGAAAAUCCAUUGUUUUGAGUUGCUAUUUUGAGGAUCACCAAAAGUCACAUGUUAUUUUACAUUUUCAAACAUAGCCUGUGUUUUAUGAAGUAUGACAGGCCUCCCUUCCAGAAGCUCGCUUGCCUGCUGUGAUGUGAGAACAAGGGAGUUGUAACAGGUACUUGGUUUAACUCUGUAGAACGUAGUAGUGUAGAAGCUGCUUUUCAGAUCUUCAUCUGUGUGCUGUUUGCUUAGAGACACUGCCUGUUCUGUCACUGUUAAAUUAAUGAGCCUAUGAAGUUUUUCUCCCAGAGGCAGUAAGUGACUUCACUGAAAUUGCAAGAUAAAUUUUAGUCUUUGCUGUUUGUGCACGCCCCCCUCCCCAUAUGAUGUGCUGCUUUAAUCUCCCAUACAUGGGCUUAUUUCUGAACAGACCCGACUGGGACAGUGCUUUCACCAAGGAGACAAAAUUUUACAAGCCACAAACCAGCCAGUAGACUGGUAUUUGCUCUAUUCAGCUGGGUGAAACUUACAACAGAAUGGAUUUAGCACACUACUAUGUUUUAUGUCUUUGACCAGCAACUGGUGCGAAAUCAUUACAGGAAGAGCAAGAAAUGAACCUGUAGCAAUUAUGUAAAUGAAUGUGUUGGGUUCUUAACACCUGUACUAGUGGACUUCCUGUGAGGAAGUUUUGUUUUGUUUUAAUGAAAUGCUUUUGUUGUUUAAAUCUUAAUUCUCCUUCCCUUGACCUCCCUUCAAAGUGUGCUUUCUUCAGUUGUUUAAUUUAAAUGAUCCUUUCUCCUCAUCUGGGAGAGCCAGUCUGGCAGGGUGGGAUGGGUGGCUUUGGGUUUGUGUUGUUUCACCAUAGGGCAUCUGUAGGUCUCAGAGGACCUUUCCUUUAGGUCAUAUUCUUCAGAAAGUCUAUUAAUCUUUUGUUUUCAUUUGUUUUUCUUAAAGAAUAUUUUUAAAGCUUAAAUUUGUAUAUUAAUUUAGGUCUUUAUUUAGAAGUAUAGGCUGUCAUUGGUGGCAGCAGUAUAUUCUGAAAUGUCUCAUAGAUAUCUAUUUUUGAAUAAAGAUGGUGUUGUUGAACAA